AAACAUUAUGAAAUAGUAUUAGGGCCAAAUUUAACCAUUUUUUCCUAAAAUAACGUUUUAACUUUUAAAUCUUGUCUUCCUAAUAUUUCCCGUCGGAGAUCGGAGUCUCAUUUUCCGGUCUCUCUCUCUCUCUACAUUUAUAGCAAUCGAAUCUUGGAAAUAAAGGAGAGGAAAGAUGGGAGUGAAGCAAGCAAUAAGAGCUAUUCAUGCAUUUCCUCAUGCUGAAGAACACUUGUUGCAGAAAACCAAGUUUGGCGCCUUUGUUUCCAUCGUGGGGCUGCUAAUCAUGGCAACAUUGUUCUUGCAUGAACUGAGUUACUAUCUUAAUAUAAAUACUGUUCAUCAGAUGGCUGUUGACUCGAGACGUGGAGAAAAUCUUCCCAUUCACAUAAAUAUGACAUUCCCCUCUUUACCUUGUGAUGUGCUAAGUGUGGAUGCUAUUGAUAUGUCGGGGAAGCAUGAAGUAGAUCUUGAUACAAACAUAUGGAAGCUUCGCUUGAACAGUGAUGGCCAUAUCACUGGCACUGAGUAUUUGUCAGAUCUUGUUGAGAAGGAACAUGAAGCUCAUAAACAUGAACAUCAUGAAGAUUCGGACAAGAUCCAUCUUCAGGGCAUUGAUGAAGAAUCUGAAAAAAUGAUCAAGAAGGUUAAGCAAGCAUUGGCUGCUGGGGAAGGAUGCAGGGUGUAUGGGUUUUUAGAUGUCCAGCGGGUUGCUGGGAAUUUCCAUAUAUCCAUUCACGGGUUGAACAUUUUUGUUGCUCAAAUGAUUUUUGAAGGGCCUACUCAUGUCAAUGUAAGCCAUAUCAUCCAUGACUUAUCAUUUGGGCCCAAAUAUCCAGGUAUUCACAACCCACUUGACGGAACAUCACGAAUUCUGCGUGAAGCAAGCGGCACAUUCAAAUACUACAUUAAGGUUGUUCCAACUGAGUAUAGAUAUAUAUCAAAAGAAGUUUUACCGACUAAUCAAUUUUCUGUAACGGAGUACUUUUCAACCAUCCAUGAGUUUGAACGGACAUGGCCAGCUGUAUACUUCUUGUAUGAUUUGUCACCAAUUACAGUGACCAUCAGAGAAGAACGUCGCAGUUUUCUGCACUUUAUCACUCGGCUCUGUGCAGUUCUGGGUGGGACAUUUGCCUUAACAGGCAUGCUAGAUGGAUGGAUGUUCAAGUUUCUUGAAGCUGUUACAAAGAAAAACAGCAGAACUAUUGUGCGCUAAACGUAGAGACAUUGCACUUCUGAUAUGUUCAGCCAAGCUGAAUUGCAGAACUGGUGCACUAAGCAGGAGUUUUAGCCAACAAAACAGAUCAACAGCAAGUUUAUGGACAAUGAUUUCCUGUUUCUUUUUAUCCUGUGAUUUUGGUAGCACUAUAACAACAAUACCCAAAUUUAUUCUAGCUGUUUGAGAAGAAAAGAAAUUAUUCAUUGGUGAAUGUAACAAAACGUAGGAUUAUGAACAUUUCACUGACAUUUUUGUUCACUUGUUGAGAAACUAUAGAAAUGAGCAUAUUGAUCUCCUUUAUCAAGAAAAA